AUGUUGCGACCACUGAGAAAAAGCGUUCUAGCAAGCUGCCGACAUUGUUUCAAGGUGUGCGGUGGGUUGCCUCAAAAGCAAUUACCCUUAUUUUCACCAUUGCUCUUGAGAGCACGAUACUCAUCAACUGAUAGCUCAACUAAAAGGUCUAACAAAUCAGAUAAAAUAGAUGCUCCAGGAUUUAAGAAAAUUUUCCUUGUUGCUAUUAUCGGUACAGUGAUAUUUGUCAAGACAGUACAGUCUUUAGAUAAGAACAAACCGAAGACAACAUUAUCAGAAGAAGAAUUCGAAAAUGUGGUUAAAGGGUUGAAAAGACGUGUGGCUAUCUUCCCACAAGGUGAGGUCGAUAUAAAGUUUUCCUUAUCACCCAGCAUUGAAGAAACUAGAAAGGUACUGCAGAAAUCACAAGGCGAUGAUAUAAAUGAGCUGCAGUUUGUCGAUCCAGUCAAGGUCAUCGAUUACUACAGAACCUUGAGGGAUGAUAGAUAUGAGGCUUUAUUAAAUGAAUACUACAAAAAAUACGGGUGUGACACGUACGCUUACAAUUUGCCGACCGGUAUGUUGGUCAUGCUUUUGGGUAGAUAUUUCAAAGAGAACUUCAAGACCGGUGACAAGCUAGUAGUUGUGAACUUUCCUCAUUCGAUUGCUGAUGCAACAAGAUUUGAAAAUGAGGUUUCUAUAGUGUCUAAAAUCUUUGUUCCGAGGAAAUUGAGUGGCUCUGACGUCUGUAAAUAUUACGAAACUGUAGGUAAAGCUGAUAUCAUCUGA